AUGAGUAAGAUCUACCGAGGUUCGAGUUCUAGCGUGUUGCUGGCCUUCCUCAUUCUUUUCGCAUCGGUCGGCGCUUUGCCGGUGGAUACUACUGGUACGAAACACGCGAAGGUGCUUGCAGCAGGGCACCAUUUCCUCUUUGAAGGUCCAAGUGUCCAGGAUGAUGGCCACAUCAACCGGCGACUCAGGGCCCGUGAGGAAAGAGGGGUUAUUGACCAACUUGUUGCGAGCACCAAGAAGUUAUGGGGAAAAGUGAAGCCGGAUCAGCAACAGAAGGCCGACAAGCUGUUCGCAAGUUUGAAGACCCAGAAACAUACCUCAGACUGUUUCAAGAACCCUCUGUUCCAAAACUGGGUAGGAACCGUCGACAAGCUCCUUGCAGCGCGGACCAAGAAAUUCUCGCAAAAAUGA